AUGGUUUUCAUUUGGGUCGUGGCGGACGACACACUUGUUCGAGCAAAAGAUGCAGACAAAGAGCUGCCUAUGCAGAUCCUUAGACAAGUCCCCAACAGGUGGCACGCUGUUACUGCUGAUCGCCUCCAACCAUACAUGUCCUUCAGCUACAUGGAACUUGCCUUUCGCUACAAUAUGCAGUGCUUUAACACUGCCAUAAAGCCUGCUGCUUUCAAAUACGCCUUUGAUAAGCACAACUGUCGGAAGGUAUUGUAUUUUGACAAUGACAUUUGGAUCCUGCAGCCCCUUACAACCAUCAUUGAGGCGCUUGACCAGUACCGACUAGUCGUCACUCCGCACGUAACACAGGAGGUGCCCCUGGACGGUCUCCACCAAGACGAACGAACUCUCAUGCUUGCUGGGCAAUUUAACUUCGGAUUUAUUGCUGCAUCGAAGAGUGAGCUGACCCUAGAGUUUCUCGACUGGUGGUUGAACCGUCUGCGCUAUUAUGGGUAUGCAGAGCCGCGCAAGGGCAUGCACUUCGAUCAAAAUUGGGGCCAGCUGAUGGUGUCUUACUUACCCCAAACGGAGUACCUGGUACUGAGAGACCCGCGGUACAAUGUCGCGUAUUGGAACCUUCAUUACAGAGGCAUUCAUCUACACAUGGAGAAUGGCGUUGUGCUGUAUGACUCGGAGCCAGUUGUAUUCAUGCAUUUCUCAGGCAUGUCUGACCUGCACAAGUACAAUCUGGAGUCCAUUUCACCGCACCAAAAUCGCUUCAAGAUGGUCGACUUCCCAGAGCUCCGGGAGAUCGUGACUAGCUACCAAGCAAUGUUGCAGAAAGAGGAUGCCUGGCGAUGGCGAAAUGUGUCCUACAACUUCGAGUACUUCGAUGAUGGGACUUCUAUUCCGAUGGUGAUCCGUCAAUACUAUGCUGACAUGAUGGAUCCGGAGGAGCCUUUUCGCAAUGACAAGAAUCUGUUUAAGGAACUGGUCGCACACGAAAGUCCAUUCGCCGUCCAUGCGGACUCUGGCAAAUUCAGCUUGCUGGACUGGAUGCUGCAAGGUGCACACCACUUGCUUGUGGAGCAGUCGGGCCAAUACCUGAUAUGCGAGCUGGUGUGGCAAGUUUAUCUCCACAGACCUGACUCUUGCUUGGCUAUAGGAGCUUGUAGAUAUUAA